AAAUGUCUACUCAAGUUUCUUCAAACCAAUCUGGGAAUCUGAUGAACCUAUCUGCAGUUGUAAUUACAUCAAUUGGAGUUUUAUCUUCAUUUUUAACAAUUUUCAUGAAUAUUUAUUUCAUCAAGAAAAUCACAAAAACUCGCAACAAGAUGAUCCUUUUCUUCUAUCGAAUCUUUCUCGAUGUAGCCUACGGAGCCAUUGCAUGCUCUUACAUGGCAUUCUGCAUUUUAUAUUCGUAUUUCACCGAUCGGUUCAAAGAGCAACAAGUGUUUAUUGUUUAUUUGGGAUUUCCUUUGCAAACCACUGCAGCUAUCCGAAUGACGAUUGCAGUAGCUAUUUCAAUUGAGAGAGUUCUGGCUGUGUUCACACCUAUCACCUUCCAUAACUAUCGCCACUUGUGUCCUACAGUAAUCGUUCUUAUUUUGGCAAUAAGCCUGGGGACUCUUGAAAAUUUAGUCCUUUUUCAAUCAUGUACACUAAAUCUCUCUAACAUUCCAAAAAACUGCGGCGUAUUGAGAUGUGCAGUGGACGCUUGUUUCUUCUCCUACUGGGCAAGCGAUAGAUCAGCAAUGUUUGCACUAAACUUCAUAUUCUCUGGCCUUCUCUCCAUCAAGCUUAUUUUCUUCAACAAACCUCAACACGGAAAUGGACACAAGGAGCAUUCAAAAAUAAAUCAUCUGGCCUUGCUGGAUGCAGCUAACGUGUUUCUAUGUGAUUUCCUCCCAACUUCCACAUCAAAUUAUGUGACUCAGUUCAAGUUUACUAGUUUUGAGAAUGUAGGCCCAUACAUAUUUGUUAUCAAACUCAUUGGAAUUGCAAUCGAAACGUGUCUAAUCUACUGGAUCUUGAGGAAAAGAACUAUAAAAACAAGCAUAGUAACGCCUCUACAAAGAUAAAUUACCUCUGAAACUUUACCACAUAUAUUUUUUGAUAGUUUGUGCGAACUCCGGUGUUUGAUGUUUGCACAAUAAAGAUUCACACAUUUU